GUAUUUGCUCUCGUGCGAGGAGUCAGCGUACCGGCGGUUCCACGACAUGCACGAGAAGUUCAUUGCCAAGCGCGGGGAAGACUCGGCGGACAGACAGAGAAGACGCCCGUACCAUUUCCUCCAGGAGGUCGGCCUCGAGUGCGCGUUGUGGCCCAACCUGUACUGGCGCACGGACAUGACAGAGACCCACGAGCAGUGGUCUGACGUGCGGCGCGAAGAGAAUCGCGAGGCGAAGGACCCGAAGAAGAAGCGCGCCAAGUACGGCUACGACAGCGAUGACUCCGAUGCAGACGACGGGCAUGGCAAGUGCGGCGCGGACGAGCUGGAGCAGGGCGACGACGGAGGGCAACGCACCAGUGUCAAGCGCUCUUUCAUGGCGAAGUGCCUCUCUAACCUGAUUGGGUAUCAAAGCGACUUCGAGCUUCUCCGGUUCGUCUUCGACUUGAACCUCUGGGCUACUUUAGGGGCGAAGAAAAAUUUGAACUUGGAGAACAAGGACACGCUGAACGCGCUCGUGGACCUCGUUCGACAGGUGGGGCUGCCCAAGCUGUUCUUCACGAUAGCGCCAUGGGAGCAGUCCUUCCCGUACCACGAGUGGCUCCGCGACGAGAUGCACAAGACGCUGAGGACGAGGAUGCACUUGCCCGUGGGCGAGACCCUGCACAUCACCCACUCGCUCAUGCAGAUCGUCCGCGGCGUCAUCGCAGGCAACAACCAGCAGAGCCAGGAUCGGGCUGAUCGAAGGUGGAAGAAGCACGUCUUCUCCUGCAAGACCGAGGACGGCAAGACGACGAAUACUGUCACGUCGUUCACGCGCUUGGAGUUCCAGGACGGGAGCCGCAAGGAGGGGACGAAGCGCUACGACGGAUCAGGGCGCCCACACUUGCAUGUGCUGUUCUUCGCGGAAGAAGACGUCCUGGCCGACGCCAAGCUCGAGCGGCACCUCUUCGCUUCGAAGCCUGAUGAGUUCAGCGAUCACCUGAAGGGCUACAUCGACGGCUCGCAGUUGGACAAGCGGGGCGCUUCCGAGAGCAAGUGGCCGGAAGCGGGACUCCGCGCUUUCUGUGUAGACGUCAUGGACGCGGUCCCCAUCCACCAGGACUGGUUGGAAUCGGAUGGGGAGUCGCUGCUUUUGCAAUACGUCACGAAGUACGUGGCAAAAUUCUCGGACUCGAGCUACGACGAGUGGAUGAAUGACCAGGCGUCCGCGGACAGCGUGGCCCGCAGAGUCUGCUUCGAGUGCCACCCGUACGAGCCCGAGAUGAUUCUGCAGCUCUGCGGUGCGCAGUUCCGCCAGGUCGACAUCUCCACGGUCAGCGGAGGGUGGAGGUCGGUGACAGCUCCUUACGUCGGCAUGGCGGAGGCGCCCGCGUGGGUGGAGAAGUACGCCACCUGCGAGUGGCGGAGCAAGGAGAUGUGCCUGCUGGAGUGGCUGCGGAAGACGAACGACGAUGGCGGGAUUGCUGGGUGGCUGAAAGCUCGCCACAAGGCGGCUCUAUACGAGGCCGCGUACCAGCAUCACUGCGCCACGUUGACGCCCGGAGGAGAGCCGCCGUCGCCCGCGGGAUAUCGCAGCGAUCUCCGAAAGCAGUACAAGCAGAGCGGCGAGGGUGCCCCGUUCUUGGUGUGGAUGGAGGAGAUGUCCGUGCGCGCGGGCGCGAGCGCCGCCGAGUUCCCCUCGCUGGAGGAGUUCGCGCGGGACUACGUCGUGAGAGGCGAGAAGAUUGUCGCGGUGGACACGGUUUUCGAGUUCAACGACAGGUACUACGGGCAAUGGGCGGCCAUGAACGUGCCAUUCCGGGACUUGGAGGAUUUGCGAUUCGACGUGGUGGACAAGCUCGUGCCGGCGAAGUUCCGGCACCUCGCCGCGGCGCUGAAGCUCUGCGCCGACCGCAGCAGAGUCCCCGAGGAAUUCCGCGAGCUGUUCGUCGACGAGAGGAAGUUCAUGGAUCACAUGAAAAGCACGGCGAGCUCCCAGAAGUUCAGCGAGAGCGUAUACCGCAUGAUUGUCGGGCAGCGGAAGCUCAUCGACAUGUACCUCACGGGUGUCCUGGACAAGAACGACGAGAGAACCGCGCGGGACGCCGAGGCCGCCGCGACCGGGGGCCGCCGGCAGGCGCGCGAUGGAGCGCAACCUGACGUGACCUUCCUUCGGAAGCAGUUGCACUUCGAGGAGACGGUAAACGAGAGCGUGGACCGCGCUCUGCAGGCGAAUCAUUCGGAGAACUGGGAGGAGGCAGACGAGGCACGCGAGGAGGCUUUCCAGAAGAACAAACCGAUAGUAUGCCUCGGAAAGCCAGGGACGGGGAAGACCACGGUCGUAAAGUGCUGCAUCCGCCGCGCGCAGGAGCGAGGCGCCCGCGUCCUGUUCGCCCUCCCGACGGCGCAGCUGUCGAGUCGCAUGAAGCAGGUCUUGCAGGACCUGGAGAGCGUAGAGAUCGCGACGUGCCAUGCGGCGUUCAAGCUGAACCAACCCAUCACAGAGGCGCUCCCGCUGAUGACCAUGUACGACCUGGUCGUCGUGGACGAGGUGUCGCUCUUGGACUGCCCGCAGUUCGAGCGACUGAUCAAACUGUGGAGCGUGGCAGAGAAAGUGCCCGCGCUGGUCUUCCUUGGGGAGAAGUACCAGCUGCCGGGGGUUGGAGAGACGCGUCCGUGGGAGAGCGCUGCGUGGCCUCGCCCGAAUUGCUACCACGUGAAGCUGGGCGAGACGUGGCGCUGCAAGGAGGAACGCUUCCAGCACAUCCUGGACCAGCUCCGCACCAGCAAGCCGUCGAAGGAAACGCUGCAGAAGAUCUGUCGCGGCCACAAGGCUUGGAAGAUCGGCGCGCCGACUCCGGCAGACCUGAAGGCGCUGUUCGAGAAGCACCCGGAGACGCGGAUUGUGACCUGCACGCGCAAAGGCGCCGCCACCGUGAAUGAGGCCGCCAUCGUUGCUCUGUACGGCCGGAAGAGUCCCCUGGGCACGCUCCCCGGGGACGUGGAGCUGAAUCCGGAGAAUUAUUGGGACGGCAAGUUUCGCACGGACCGCCGGCCCAUUCCAAGCGCAGUUCCCGUGCACAAGAAGAUGAAGGUCUACUUGACGAAGAACGUGCGAAAAGAGGAUGACUACGUGAACGGCAUGCUCUGCGAGGUGGAGAAUUAUCAUGCCGACGAGGACAUGCUGCGCGUGCGCACCAAAACGGGCCACCGCCUGGCGAUCUCUAGGUGGACCGAUCGGGACAAGGGGAACGCUGUGUACUUCCCCAUCCGCCCGGGGUAUGCCAGCACAAUAGACAAGGUGCAAGGGGAUGAAUUUCCUCACAUCACGAUUUACCUGGACGGGUAUCCGAGGCCGGCGGCGGGGUACACGGCCUUGAGCCGCGUUGCCACUUCGGAUGACUACUUGAUCGGCGGCCACGUAGAACGGGAGAGCUUCAUUCCGGCCUUCUGA